CGAGACGAACGUUGUCGUCGAGACCCGAGGCUCUGCGAAUUCGACCGCAGGCGCCCGCUGGCUGUUUCGCUGGCAGGCGGGCGGGCAAGCGGGCAGACAAGUUGGCGGGCGGGCAGGCAUGGCGCCGUCGGAGCGAGCAUGCAAGAAGAUGCCAAAGCGCGCGUCUCGUCAUCAUCCACUGGCCGUCCGCGCUCGUGUUGAGCGUCGCCAGUGGAUUCUUGAGCUCAGGCGGCCUCCGUUUGGUGCGCGAGCAAGCGAGAGCUCAUUUCAUUCUUCACCCUCGCGUGCGUUGGCGUUGGCGUCGGUGUCGGGCUCUUUUUUUCUGCGUCUUCCUCGGAGCCAGCCACAGCUGAUUAGCGAUGCCUGGUGUGAUCUUGGCGCACUUGUAGUUAGUGUUUCACAGGUUCCGGACAUUUUCAGGAGUGCGCGCAUUUUCAUCAGAUUAGAACGCUGAGAAUUCGUCGGGGGCGACGCAGAAUCGAGAAAAAAAAAGUUUAAUUGAAAUGGUUGGAAUGCUGCAAGCUGUCAGUUCUUGCUCUCCCUCACAUUACCUUCUCAGGGGAAAGGGAGUUGUUGGUCAGUCAGGAAUUGAAUCUGUAAAAAUCGCAGCAUUUAGUUCCAGGCCCUCAGCGCAAGCCUCACGCGGCCAAUCUCCAGUCGUUCAUGUUUCGGCUCGGACCCAGCCCGGGAAUGCGAAACAAGGCUCACACGUAGGUGGAAGAGAUAGAGAGCAAAGAAAUGCUGGUCGAAGAAGAGUCACCCAAAAAGCUACCCUGGGUGUCACUGACAAGCUGGAUAAUCAAGAGAAGCGGACAGUGAAAACAGUGCGGAUUCACUACAAUAGGAAAGAUGGAGAUUAUGAGCAAUGGGGCCUUCACGUUUGGGGAGAUGCUGAAUAUUGCACCCCUUGGGAGUCACCCCUUGUUGCCAGAGGGUUAGAUGACUUCGGAUCUUACUGGGACGUCGAUUGUGUCGAAGGAGGCAAAGUUUACUUUCUCAUACACACCGGCAGAGAUAAGGAAUUUGAGGGAGUCAUGGAUACUGCAAAAAGUGACAGCGUGUGGGUGGUUUCUGAGCAUCCAGACGUAUUCAUGGAGAAGCCAGACCUAGAUUCCAUUCCAAAGGGCGAUCUUGGUUUUGCUCGUGCUUUGUGGGUUUCUGAACAAAUAAUCGCCGUAAAUUUUGAUGGCGACUGCUACAGUCUCCACGCUUGCAAGAACGCAAAUCUGACUCUCACUGCUGCAGGUGUCGAAGGAGCAAGCGAGAAGAUCCAGCUGGAAGAGGAUGUUCAAGGAUUGCCAAUCAAGGUCGUGGAAAAGUUUCCUUAUAUUACCGGGUACAAAGCACUACGAGUGCCCAAGGGCAUAGACACCAGGGAGCUUGUGAAAUGUCAAUUAGCUCUUUCUUCCUGUGAUUCUGCUGGUGUUCCACUCGACGCCACUGGGGUUCAACUUCCGGGAGUUCUUGAUGACUUGUUCGCCUAUGAUGGCCCACUGGGCGUAUCUAUCAUAGAGGACAACGUGUCCCUCAGCGUAUGGGCACCCACAGCUCAGAGUGUGCGUUUGAUUUUGUUUCACAGCCCUGCAGGCGGCGAGCACUUUGAAGUACUUCAGAUGAAUGAAAGCGACGGAGUGUGGAGUGUUCAAGGUCCUGCUGAAUGGAAGGGAAAGUACUAUUUGUACGAAGUGACCGUGUUUCAUCCGACAACACAGAAGGUCGAGAAGAGUCUGGCUUGUGAUCCGUAUUCAAGGGGUCUCUCAGCAAAUGGUGAAAGAUCAUUGAUUGUAGACCUUAACGAUGAGUCUCUGAAACCUGAGGGAUGGAGUGAUUUGGCAGCCGAGAAGCCUAAACUAGCAGCCUUCACCGAUAUUGCUAUAUAUGAGCUUCAUAUCAGAGACUUCAGCAUUGCAGAUGAAACUGUUGAUCCAGCUUUGCGAGGGACUUACUUGGCCUUCACUGAGAAGGAAUCUGCUGGAGUGAAUCAUCUGAAGAAUCUUGCAAAGGCGGGUCUUUCACAUCUGCAUCUGCUUCCUUGUUUCGACUUUGCUAGUGUCGAUGAGAAAAAACGGAACUGGAAAUCGGCGGAUGUUGAGAGCCUCAAGAAAUUUGCCCCAGACUCCGAAGAGCAACAAGCUGCUAUCACAUUAAUACAGGAUGAGGACGCUUAUAACUGGGGGUAUGACCCCGUAAACUGGGGAGUGCCGGAAGGAAGCUAUGCAACGGCCGCAAAUGGUUCGGUCCGGACCUUUGAGUUUCGAAAAAUGGUUCAAGCUAUCAAUCAUCUGGGGCUUAGAGUGGUGCUCGACGUCGUCUACAAUCAUCUGCAUGGGAAUGGGCCAACAGGCAUACACACAGUUCACGACAAGAUAGUCCCUGGUUAUUACCUUCGCCGCAAUAAAGACGGUAAUGUAGAGAACAGUACCUGUAUGAACAACACAGCGAGUGAGCACUAUAUGGUGGAUCGACUCAUCGUCGACGACCUACGCCAUUGGGCGGUCGCAUACAAGGUGGACGGGUUCCGCUUUGAUCUCAUGGGACAUUUGAUGAAGAGCACAAUGCUACGUGCCCAAAGCGUAUUGAGAAGCCUUACUGUGGAGAAAGACGGUGUUGAUGGAUCCAAGAUCUAUUUAUACGGUGAAGGAUGGGAUUUUGGGGAGGUUUCCAACAAUAUGAGAGGUGUGAAUGGAUCUCAAAGAAAUCUUGCUGGAACGGGAAUCGGCAGUUUUAAUGAUCGUUUACGGGACACUGUCAUCGGUGGUUCUCCUUUCGGUGAUCCCCUUCAGCAAGGUUUCCUAACUGGUUUAUCUCUCCAGCCCAAUGAAUUGGAUCAAGGCGAUGAACAGUCCAUGGCCAACCAUCUUGCUGCAACAACCGACUGGAUCCGACUGGGUUUGGGAAGCAAUCUGCGCACAUAUGUAUUUACCAAUAGCAAGGGAGAAGAGGUGAAAGGAGAAGAGGUCUUGACACAUGAUGGAGUACCUGUGGCAUAUGCUAUGGGUCCGGAAGAUCUUGUAAACUACGUGUCAGCCCAUGAUAACGAGUCUCUGUUUGACAUCAUUAUGCUAAAGACAGCAAGCGGUGUUUCACUUAAGGAGCGGUGCAGGAUCAAUCACAUGGCUACCAGUGUGGUGGCUCUAGCUCAGGGGAUUCCUUUCUUCCACGCAGGAGAUGACAUGCUUCGCUCAAAAUCGCUAGAUCGCGACUCUUACAACUCGGGUGACUGGUUCAACAGGUUAGAUUUUUCCUAUGAGACGAAUAAUUUUGGUGUUGGUCUACCUCCGAAGUCGAAGAACGGUUUCAAGUGGCCAAUUAUGAAGAAGCUUUUAUCAGAUCCCGCGAACAAACCUUCGAAGAAUCAAAUCCUCGCUGCUGUAGAAAAUUUGAAAGAACUUCUGAAGAUCAGAUUUUCUUCACCACUUUUCCGGCUGAAGUCAGCAAAUGCUAUUCAGGCCAGGUUGAAAUUUCACAACACCGGCCCGGCGGGUGUUCCUGGUGUCAUCAUCUACAGUAUCGAAGACGGAGAGAAAGGCAAACCUGGCCUAACGCAAUUGGAUAGCAGGUAUCGUAAUGUGAUCGUAAUCUUCAACGCUCGUCCAACACAAGUCAAGACCGAAGUUCAGACCUUCAAAGCUCGUUCAUUAUCCUUGCAUCCAAUACAAGCAGCUUCACAAGACGAAAUUGUUCGUACAUCGACGUUCGACUCGAAGUCCGGCACAUUUUCGAUUCCCGCCAGGACAACAGCUGUUUUUGUAGAGUCUCGGUAGACAGUGCACAAUCCCAGAAACAUUUUUGUACGUAUGGUUUUGAAAAUGCUCUCGGGAUCUUGGAAAAUUCCCCCUUUGUACAAUAGUAACCGGCGGUAGUGCAAAUGACGAUAGAAUAGUCACCAUGCUUUCACAGCGAUGGAUCUCAACCGGAUCAACAGGUUGCGAUCUUCGAAUUUACACGCUACGUGUUGGAAACUGCGUGUGAUUGGAUCAACAUCUAAACAGCAGGAAAGACUGCUGGUUAGACCCUGUUGAACUUUCAUUCAUUGCCUUCAAUCCAUAUAGUUUCGUGUCAAACUUUGGAAUAAAAGAGCUCGAGGUUACAAGGCAAACUUCUUGUCUACAUACAGACCACCGUGCAAACCUUAGUCAAACAAAAAGUCUCCCUUCUUAAAAAUUUCAGACUUCGUCAAACUUCGUCAGUCAUCAAAACUGCACACGUUGCAUCCGAAAAUCAUAUGGCAUUUUUCAAUCCUUUGCACUGAAUUGUUCUUGUAAAAUAUACCAAUUCAAUGUAUGCAACUCAGUACUGUGGAAUGAUCCU